AUGAAUUUCACAGUAGAUCAGAUCCGAGUGAUCGCAGACAAGAAGUCCAAUAUUAGGAAUACGUCUGCAAUUGCUCAUGUUGAUAGUGGCAAAUCAGCCUUAACAGACUCCUCGGUGUGUAAAGCGGACUUCAUUGCUUUAGCCAGAGCCGGAGAAACACGAUUCACAGACACACAGAAAGAUGAACAAGAAAGAUGUAUUACAAUCAAGUCUACAAGAAUUGGCAAUUUCUAUGUUCUUUCAGACAAUGACUUGGCCUUCAUCAAACAGUGUAGGGAUGGUUCAGGCGCUCUCAUUAACACAAUUGACUUCCCUGGAUGUGUUGAUAUCUCCUCUGUAGUUACAGCAGCUGUCUGUGUCAUUGAUGGUGUCCUCAUUGUGGGUGACUUUUUUUCAGGUAAACAUGCUCUUCUAAUUAGAAAGACCUCAGUACAGAGGUAGGCUAUUGCAGAACAUAUCAAACCAGUAUUGAUGAACAAAAUGGAUUGUGCUUUGCUGGAAUUGCAGCUGAAGUCUGAGAAACUUCACCAAAUGUUUCAGCGUAUUGUGAAAGGUGUCAGUGUUGUUAUUUCCACCUAUGGAGAGGGUGAAACUGGACCAAUGGAUAGUAUUUUUAAUGAUCCAGUUAUUGGUAUUGCUGGGUUUGACUCUCGUCUGCAUGGCCAGGUAUUUACCCUGAAGUGGUUUGCUGAGGUGUAUGUGACCAAAUUUGCUGCUAAAGGUGAAAAAGCACAAUUCCUCCAGUUGAGUGACCAAAGAAAGCAGAAGAUAGGAUAA